AUGUCGGUGGCGUUCGUGCCGGAGCGGCUGCGCGGGAAGGCGGAGGUCAACCAGGAGACGCUGCAGCAGUUGCUGGAGGAGAACGACCAGUUGAUCCGGUGCAUCAUGGAGUACCAGAACAAGGGCCGGGCCGCCGACUGCGUGCAGUACCAGCACAUCCUGCACAGAAACCUCAUUUAUUUAGCUACAAUCGCUGAUGCAACGCCACCCAGCACACAGAAGACUGCAGAGUGACUGUGCCUGCCUGGACACGAGCAGGAGUGCUGCACAGUCCCACUUUGACUCUUGAAAGGCAGCUAAAAAGUCAUCCAUGCUUCUAUGUAAAAAACAUAGGACGUAGUAUUUGCUGUAACAGCAGCCUGGCUUUCUUCCCCAUCACUGCAGGCAGAACUCAAGGCUGGUGCUUCUCACUCUUUUUUCCUCUAAAACACUCCAUGUAAGUAUUCUCAGGAAG